AUGGCUUCAAGUUCUAAUUCAAAUCUUUUCAAUUACUCUCAAAACCCGAUACCCGUUUUUGAAGGUGAAAGUUGCGAUUUAUGGAGUCUUCAAAUGAAAACCUUAUUCAUCUCACAAGAUCUUUGGGAAUUUGUAGAAGAUGGAUAUGAUGCUCCAGAUGCGGAAGCGAUUGCAACACUUAAUCCAGCACAACUAAAAGAUCACAAGGAAAGCAUAAAGAAAGAUGCAAGAGCAUUACGUUUCAUUCAGCAAGGGUUAAGUAGACACAUCUUGCCCAGAAUUUCAAACGCCACAAAUGCAAAAGAAGCAUGGGAAAUUCUACAGAAAGCUUUCCAUGGCUCAAAGAAAAUUAUUUCCAUAAAACUUCAAUCCUUGUGGAGAGAUUUUAAUACUUUGUUGAUGAAAGAAAGCGAAACAAUUCAAGUAUUUUUCUCGAGAGCUUCAACCAUUAUAAAUCAGAUUCAAGCUUUUGGGGAUACAAUAACAGAGAAGAAAAUUGUUGAGAAACUCUUAAGAAGUUUACCAUCUAAGUUUGAGCAUGUUGUUGCUGCAAUUGAGGAAUCAAAGGACAUCUCCACACUUUCAAUGUAUGAGCUUAUGGGUUCCCUUGAGGCUCAUGAACAACGGAUAAGUAGAUACGUCGAAAAGCCGAUAGAGCAAGCAUUUCAGUCCAAGUUGCACAUCAAAGACAACAACAACCAUGGUGAAAAUGGAAAUCGAUCUCACAACAAAAGCAUUUUUCACUCUAAUGGAAAGAAAAAUUUCAACCGUGGAGGAAAAUCAUACCAUGGACGGGGAAGAGGUAUUUUUCAUAACACCUCAAGGUACGACAAUUCAAAACCUUACUGUAAUGUAUGUAAGAAAUCUGGCCAUGAAAGUGAAAAUUGUCGAUACAAGUGCACCAUAUGUAAGAAAUUAAGCCAUAUGGAGAAAGAUUGUUGGUCUAAGCAAGACAAUGAAGCAAAUUUCUCCGAAAAGGAUAAUACUUUUGAAAGUUUAUUCUUUUCAUGCUUUAAUUCACACCAAGAAAUACCAGAAAACCGAGAAACAUCCGAAUCACCAGAAAUUUGGUAUUUGGAUAGUGGCUGUAGUAACCAUAUGACUGGAGACAAAACUUGUUUUGUUAGUUUGGAUGAAAAUAUUAACUAUCAUGUUAAACUAGGAGAUGGAAAACUACACAAAGCCGAAGGAAAAGGUGUUAUUUUUGUAUCAUCUAAAGUAUGA